UUGCUCUUUGCCUUUUUAAUUGUGAUGGAAACAAGAGUAAGAGUAGAGUGUGCUUGCUUAACUCUAAAAACCUCUUUCUCUGUGUCUCUCUGCGAGUAUUUGUGUGCGUGUGACAAUGGAAAGUGGACUUCCCAUGCUUAAUUGUCUCUUGCAGCACACGCUGAGGAGCCUCUGUUCAUGUUCAGAUUCUUCUAAUUCUUCUAAUUCUUCCAAGUGGGUUUAUGCUGUCUUCUGGAGGAUCUUGCCUCGGAACUACCCUCCUCCAAAGUGGGAUUAUGGAGGAAGUGCUCUUGAUCGCUCCAAAGGAAACAAAAGGAACUGGAUUCUUGUUUGGGAAGAUGGGUUCUGUGAUUUCUAUGAAUGUGAGCAAGCACGAAGUGAUUACAUAAAGGGGAGGUUUGGGGCUGAUAUCUUCUUCAAAAUGUCCCAUGAGGUCUAUAAUUAUGGAGAAGGAUUAGUGGGGAAAGUAGCAGCAGAUAGUAGUCAUAAAUGGGUGUUCAGAGAUACACCAAAUGAAGGUGACCCCAGCUUCAUUUCCUCUUGGAAUGUAACCACUGAACCUCAACCAAGAGCAUGGGAGUUUCAAUUCAAAUCAGGCAUACAGACCAUUGCACUCAUUUCUGUUAGAGAAGGCAUAAUUCAACUUGGCUCAUUUGACAAGAUAUUGGAAGAUCUCAAUCUGGUAAUCCGCAUACAGAGGAAAAUCAGCUACCUCCAGAGCAUACCAGGUGUUUUUGCAAUGCAAAGACCAUACCUACCUAUCCAACAUCCCUACAUCCUCAAACCAAAUAACCAGAUGAUUGGAGGUCAAGAAACAGCUUUAUCAGUCUAUGACAAGCGCCAAUUGACCGGGGUUAAAAGGUUGUUCAAUGAAAUGGCUGAUGAAACCCAAAUAAAUUUGGGCUGGAAUAAUCCACAAAAUGGGCUAGCAGGAUCACCCCAUUGGCCAAUUCCACCUCUUCCACCCUCCAUUUCAUGCAGCCUUGGAGCUCUUCUCUCAAAGCUACCUUCAGUCAAUUUCCCAUCCUAUAAUGCUGCUGAAGCUCCUGACACAGCUAUGCUUAUGAACAACACCAGCAACAACAACAGCAAUUGUGCAGAUCAAACACUGACGGCUAGUGGUGGCAUUAUGAAAAUAGAGUCAUCCUGUCAUUUAGAUGUAGCUCAAGAAGAAAGGCACAGCUCCAUAAACCCUAAUCUGGGUAUGGAAAAUGGAGGAGGGGUAGACUUAGGAUUUGGACCUGUAAGAAAGGGAAAGAUUUAGGUGCUCUAAAUCUUGAUUUAUUAUAAACCUACAAAAGUCCACAAUGUAUUUUUAUGGUCAAAA